UGGCUUUGAGAGUCUCUUCUAAAAAUUAUUAGUUUAAUUAAAUCUGCUCCCUUCAUUGUCAUGGCCAAGUUUGCGUGCACGCAACAAUGUAAGAUAACAUAAUAUGGGUCAACGAAUUCCCUUUUUGUUCCCAAAGUGCUUGUCACGCAGCCAUGGCAAAAGUAUUUCGCUUAGCUGCCAAUUGGUUAAACUUUUGUUUAGUUUAUCAACAACUCCGACGAAGGAAAGUAUCCCCCAGAGAUGACAACAAGCUUUUGGGAAAAAUACAAGGACAAAAUCUACAUAUUUGGUCAUAUCUAUGCCAACUUGUAUGGACUGGUGGUCAUCAAUUAUAUACCCACAAUACCAACGAAAUCUUUUCGCCACUAUCUGGCCUUGGUGUAUAGUCAUGUGCUUAUGUUCGUGGUCAUUGUGGUGCUUCCCCUGUAUUUUGUGUAUUCCAUACAAGAUUUAGUGGAGACCAAAGAUCGUCGCUGGCAGCUACAGCUUGUGGUGAAUUUUUCCAACACCCUGAUCAAAUAUUGCAUGGUUGUGGUAACAUAUAUUGCCAAUUUUAUACACUACAAAGAUAUACGUUCCAUAACAAAACAUCGUCAGUAUCUGGAAGAUGAAUUCAAUCGUUCGAGUGUGGGCAUGGAUGAGACGCCGCGGAAACGUUUUGAGUUUAUGUUGCUUUUCAAAUUUGGUCUAAUCAAUGCCAUGAUGAUUGUACAAAUCUCACAAAUUUUACAUGCCUAUUUUGGUGAUGGUCAUCCGGUAAGGGUGUAUUUUCAGAUCUAUACUUUCUUUUUGUGGAAUUACACGGAAAAUAUGGCAGAUUAUUUUUAUUUUAUAAAUUGUUCCGCUCUGAAAUUCUAUCGGCAGCUGAAACAGCAAUUAUGCCAAAUGGUGGAGGAGAAUAGGCUGUUGCUGGCCUACUGCCAGAGAAGGCAACGUGCUGGUCUCUUGGGUCAUUUGUGUUGUGUGAUGAGUGACCGUGUACAAGAGUUCUGCCGACGUUAUUGGCAAAUUUAUGAUCUCUACAGGGAUAGCAUAAGGCUACAUCAGUUUCAGAUUUUGGGUCUGAUUUUCACAACUUUGAUUAGUAAUUUAACGAAUUUAUUUACAUUAUUUAAUUUGCUGUUUAAACACAAAACCUUUGCGGUAACGGGUAUUGUUUUGAAUUUCAUUUUUGCCAUUAUUUUCUACAUCGAUACAUAUAUUGUGACAAUGAUUUGUGAUCAAAUCGAAAAUGAGGUCAAAGCGAUAAAGAAAACAUUAAAGGAAUUUGCUGAGUUGCCGGCUUUGGAUUGGCGUUUGGAAGAAACGCUGGAAAAUGUCUCCCUAUCAUUGAUAACAUUUGAUGGUCGUUUUCGUAUAUGCGGUUUAUUUUAUUUGGAUCGACAUUUAACAUUUCUAACUGCAGCCACUGGCUUAUCAUAUUUUAUAACUUUAGUACAAUUUGAUAUAAAUUGGAAUAAUUUCAAGUGAAUUUCGUUUAUAUAUAUGUUUUUUUAAAGAAUUUAGAAAAAAAAUUUUAUAACAAAAAAUCUAAUUAACAAUUGUCUUUUCUAUAGAAUAUUCUUCAAAUGGAAUUUCGUUAUGAUAAUUAAAAAAAGAAAAUAAAUAGCUUAAUUCAAAACUUAACCUUACUUAUGGCAAAUAAACAAAGAAAUAAUCCGGGAAUCACACAGAGAAAGUUUAUGAAAGAGACUUGGGAUUUUUUACUGAGAGGGGAAAAGAAUAAGAGAAAUUUUUAAAGAAAAAUGAGAUUUCAAGGAAAGCAGCGAAAAAUUUUUAGUCAUGGUGAACGGUUGUUUUUAAGCAGAGAGUGAAAGUUA